GGUGAAACUCGGCUCUCUCGCUCCUCUCCGUAGUGUGUGUUGAGACAAGCAAAGCGCAGGGCGAAGAAGAAGAAGAAAAAAAAAACUUUACUCUGAAACACAUCGGCCACUGCAGGUUAUUCCCCUCUGUCCACUCCACUCUGGAUUUAUGCACCUCUGAAAGAAGAAUAAGAAUAUCUUUGCGCCUGAGUGCAGCUUGUUCUUGUUGUUAUUUCUGCGCUUAGUCCAGAGCGCAGUUUCCGGAUAUCAGCUCACUGUUUUUGGAAGAUUUUCUCCGCAUCUGUUAGGAUUUUUCCGCUCUUCUGUGAUAACUUACAGCCCACAAUCAGUUCAUUUUCAAAAAUCCUGCAGCCGCAACUGGAUCAUGGGCACACACAGAUAACAAGGGUGAAGUCUUCAGCAGCAGAGAGAAGUUGAGCUCCGUGCUCGAGUUCAACAGGGCCACUUCCUGAUGAUGACAGUAAACAUGGAUGACGGUCUCCAAAAUGGAUCUGGACAGCACAGAAACUCACAAGACGACGAGGAGGCACUUAACUCCAUCAUGAAGGACUUAGCAGCCUUGGGCCGUUGUUACACCCAGCACAACAGCCACAAGCCCAAGAACCGAACCUUACUCUACAAACAGGAUUUAAGAGUCAAGCUGGAGCAUGAGAGAGAAAAACGAAUCAUCCUGUUUCAGAGGCCGCUGAAGAUCAAAGAGCUGCUGCAGAAAGUGACCGAGGCCUUUGGCCAGCAGAUGGACAUGUUCUUCAUGGAGAAAGAGCUGCUGCUGCCCCUGAAGACGCAGGAGGACCUGGAUCAGGCUGUGCUGACGCUGGGCUGCAGUUCGGGGACCAAUGGGCUGCUCAGGAUACUGCUAAAGACUCCUAAAAACAACCAUUACCUACAGGUGAACAGCAGGGACAAACAGAGCGAGAUGAAGUCAUCGAGGUCACUGGGAGAUUUGAAGGGCUCCUUGCUAAAGGGCUCAGAGAGGGUGCGCAAACACUCAACAGGUUCCCUCCACACAGGUCGGACGUCCCCGCCGCCAGGCAGCGUCCCUGAGGAGCAGCAGCAGAUCGCCCGCCAGGGCUCCUACACCAGCAUCCACAGUGAAGGGGAGUUCAUCCCAGAAAACCCAGACCAAAGUAUGUUGGAUCCCUUUGGGAGUGCAGACAACUCGCUGUCGAGCAGCUGUCAAUCAAUAGAUCAAGCACUGGACAGCCCUCCUUACUCACAGAACACCCGUGACAAUAACUACCUGAACCUCAACUUCGAAUACAAAGGUAAGAGGGGACAAAUCUUGCAGCAAUUCACAAUGCAAUCAAGAGUAAAGUGUAUGACAAGUCUGAUUAUGUUCGUUUAUGUGUUUUCAGGACGCAGGACACUUCCGCGGAGCUUCAUGCCGCAGGAGAACCUUUUUCAGCUGGUUCCCUCCAGCCGCACUCGAAGCUAUAAUGGAGACAGCACGCUGCAGUACAGCGACCUGCGCUCACUGGGCAAAAGCUCCCAGCGAGGUACAGCCAAGUCACCACGGGCGCCAGUCAACUGGAGACAGGGAAAGCUGCUGGGGCGAGGAGCGUUCGGGGAGGUCUACCUCUGCUACGAUGCCGACACAGGUCGCGAGCUGGCCGCCAAGCAGGUGCCGUUUGAUCCCGACUGUCAAGAAACCAGCAAGGAAGUGAAUGCUCUGGAGUGUGAGAUUCAGCUGCUGAAGAAUCUGCGUCACGAGAGGAUUGUGCAGUACUACGGCUGCCUUCGAGACCUCGACCAGAGAAAACUCACCAUUUUCGUUGAGUUCAUGCCCGGGGGCUCGAUAAAAGACCAGCUAAAAGCCUACGGGGCCCUGACGGAGAAGGUGACGAAGAGAUACACCAGGCAGAUCCUCCAAGGAGUCUCCUACCUGCACAGCAACAUGAUUGUACACCGGGACAUCAAAGGUGCUAACAUCCUGAGAGACUCCUCGGGAAACGUGAAGCUGGGAGACUUUGGAGCCAGCAAACGUAUCCAGACCAUCUGCAUGUCUGGUACAGGCAUCAAGUCUGUCACUGGCACCCCCUACUGGAUGAGCCCUGAAGUCAUCAACGGGGAGGGAUAUGGGAGGAAAGCUGAUGUGUGGAGUGUCGCCUGCACCGUUGUUGAGAUGUUGACCCAGAAACCCCCGUGGGCCGAGUACGAAGCCAUGGCAGCCAUUUUUAAGAUCGCCACCCAGCCUACAAAGCCCACGCUUCCCGAGGGUGUGUCCGACGCUUGCAGGGACUUCCUGCGGCAGGUGUUUGUGGAGGAGAAGUGGAGGCCCACUGCAGACUUUCUGCUCAGCCACCCGUUCGUUCAGGGCAGCUUCUGAGCUCCUGUGGAUCCCCUUCCCCUUCCCUGCCUGUGAGGCCUCCGUGGCCCCGGUGCAUCCCCUCCUCUCUGGCCCGUCCCAUCCCCAGGGCCCCCUCCCCUCGUCACCAAGCUCCAGGGCUCAGUACUACUCCCAACUUCCUGUUAUCCACCACUAGUGUCUGCCUUGUCGAGACUCCUGCAUCCUACUAGCUCCACCUGGACUAUUCCCUGAGAGGGAAGGGUGACUGCUGUGAAGACCUCCAGAGUCCUCUGAGGUUUUGCAUGGUGUU